AUGGAUGUUUAUCCGCAAGCCGAUAGUGGCGAAGAGCACGACCAUGCCCCUGACAUUUCGGCGUCACCAAAUCCGACUUCUGAAACCCACAGUGAGCAACCAUCGACCGACUUAGCUGAGCCGCUCACUCGGCCAUGCACCCGUGCGAGGCGUGUCAGCGUACACUUCUUCGACCCCUUGGGUGUGCGGGAGCUACGACAUAGACUGUCUCGAGCAUGUUUACCAGCCACGCAGGGCGAACACGACAAAGUUGCGAGACUGCCUCGCAAUCGCCAUCUUUCUCGCUUUUUGCGCACCCUCCGAGCUCAUUCGGAGACGACCUCCGACUUUACUCUUGUGCCCAAUGAUGUCCCUUUUGAUAUGGAGAAGACCCUUAAAACUAUCGUUCAGAGGCUUGAUCAGGCAGAUAUCGUAAUGAGACAACUUGGCGUCAUAUUUGAAGACCUGCGGGUCGUCGGCCUGGGCGCGUCCAUGACAUACCAGCAGACGCUCGGGUCUGUGCUCAAUCCCCUCCAGUUGGUCGACAAGUUUAGAGAGCUACGCCACCCUCCUGUACGAGAUAUCCUCAGCGGGUUUGAGGGAUGUGUGCGUCCGGGAGAGAUGCUGCUGGUGCUCGGUUGCCCAGGCGCAGGUUGUAGUACGCUUCUUAAGGUGCUCGCCAACCAGCGGGAGGAAUUCCACGCCGUAUACGGUGACGUGCGUUACGAUGCGUUCACGCCAAAGGACGUCCACGCACAUUAUCGCGGCGACGUUCAGUACGUGCCCGAAGAUGACGUGCACUUUCCCACCCUAACCGUGCGCGAGACGCUCGACUUCGCCGCCAAAACACGCACGCCGCAUAAUCGCAUCGAAGGUUCCCGCGCACAGCACCGUCUCGCACUGAUCGACGUGCUGUUGACCGUAUUUGGGCUCAAACAUGUGGAGAACACGCUUGUUGGCGAUGCGAGCGUUCGAGGAGUGAGUGGUGGAGAGAAGAAGCGGGUGUCGAUAAGCGAGGUGCUCGCGACCAGGAGCUUGUUGACAUCGUGGGACAAUUCCACGCGAGGGCUUGAUGCCUCUACCGCCCUUGAAUUUGUACGCGCCCUCCGGCUCGCGACUGAUAUCGCUCACAUGACAUCCAUCGUUUCUAUAUACCAAGCCGGCGAGUCGCUCUACGAGCUGUUCGACAAGGUCUGCGUCAUUCACUCUGGCAAAAUGAUAUACUUUGGACCCGCGAACCGCGCUCGACAGUACUUCAAUGAUCUUGGCUUUAGCCCUGCGAACCGACAGACCACGGCCGACUUCCUAGUCGCCAUCACCGAUCCCGCAUGGCGACGCGUGCGUCCAGGCUACCACUUUCGCGCCCCACGCACACCAGAUGAUUUUGCACAAUGCUUUAGGGAGAGCGAGUUCGGAAGCUUGAACAAGGACGACAUAAAGGCGUAUCGCGCGGAAGUUGCGGCUAGUCCGGAGCGUAUGGAGUCAUACCGUACUAGCAGCGCGGCAGAGCACGCGCGAACAAUGCCACAGCGCAGCGCAUUUAUCACCUCGAUCCCUAUGCAGGCGCGUGCUCUGAUGCUGCGGAGGCUGCAGAUCGUGAAGGGUGCAAUUAGUACUCAGGUCAUACAGCUCGCACUCUUCGUCGUCCAAGCUGUGAUCGUGGGCACAAUUUUCCUGAAGCUGAGCGACACAACGCAGACGUUCUUCUCGCGCGGAGGUGUUCUGUUCUUCGCGCUCCUCUUCGCGGCACUGACAUCAAUGGCAGAGAUCGCUGCCCUUUUCAGUCAGCGUCCAAUUGUACUGCGGCAUUUCAAGGCUGCAAUGUACCAUCCGUUUGUUGAGGCACUGGCCCUCACCCUCGUCGAUGUGCCUACGACCGCCGUGACACUUAUCCUUUUCUCCAUUAUCUUGUACUUCUUAGUCCGCCUCCAGCAGUCUGCGGGGCAAUUCUUUAUCUUCCUUUUGAUAGUGUUCUCGAUGACAAUCACGAUGAAGGCGUGGUUCCGCGCGAUCGCAGCGGCAUUUCGGAGCGCAGCGCCGGCACAAGCCGUCGCGGGUAUCUCGGUGCUUAUUCUGACACUCUAUACCGGCUACUCGAUCCCUCAACCAUCGAUGAUUGGUGCGCUGCGGUGGCUCACUUACGUUAAUCCGUUGAAAUAUGGGUUCGAGUCGAUGGUGGUGAAUGAAUUCCACACGCUGGAGGGUCUAUGUGCGUCACUCGUUCCGUCGGGCCCCGGAUACCAGAACGUGUCUCUUGCGAACCAGGUGUGUACCACCGUCGGCUCACAGUCCGGCCAAGCAUACGUCAACGGUAUGCGGUAUAUUGAAGAGUCAUUUGGGUACUACUAUGAUCACUUGUGGAGGAAUUUCGGCAUUAUCAUAGUCUUCGGCGUAGGGUUCGUCACCAUCCUUCUCACCCUCACCGAAGUCAACACUGGCGUAGCGGGCGCUACUACUGUCACGGUCUAUAAGCGCGGCGCAAAGCUGCAUCUCGUUCGACAGGGGUCUGCUGCCGACGAAGAGAAACAAAUGAGCCGUAGCAGCGACGGCGGAUCAACACAGCAUGGAAUAGAUGCGGACAACGUGGAUACGCAGCAGGAGAUGAAGAAGAUCGCUCGGCAGCUCGACACGUUUUCGUUCGAGAAUCUCACAUAUAUCGUUCCCGUUGGCCACGAGCGGCGCGUGCUGCUUGAAAAUGUGUCAGGAUACGUAGCUCCUGGUAAAUUGACUGCGUUGAUCGGUGAAUCGGGCGCCGGCAAGACAACGUUGUUGAACGCACUGUCUGAACGUACAGCGGGUGGCAUCGUUACUGGUAAUCGGUUCAUGAAUGGACAGCCUCUACCCGAGGAUUUUGAUGCACAGACUGGCUAUUGUCAACAGCUUGAUACGCAUCUUCCGUAUUGUACCGUCCGGGAGGCUCUGUUAUUCUCUGCGAGGCUACGUCAGCCUGCAUCCGUUCCGAUGGCGGAGAAGGAGGCGUACGUCGACAAGUGUCUGAAGAUGUGCGGCUUGGAAGAUCAUGCGGACGCUGUUGUCGGAUCGCUUGGCGUCGAACAACGCAAGCGCACGACAAUUGGUGUCGAGCUCGUCGCGAAGCCGUCGCUUAUCUUCUUGGAUGAGCCGACAUCGGGUCUGGACUCGCAGAGUGCAUGGGCCAUUGUGUGCUUCUUGCGAAGUCUUGCGAGUGGCGGACAGUCGAUCGUGUGCACAAUCCAUCAACCGUCGGCUGAGUUGUUCGAGAUCUUUGACAAGCUGUUACUUCUGCGCAAGGGCGGUCAGACAGUGUAUUUUGGAGACGUAGGUCACAAGUCUUCCACUCUGAUCAGCUACUUUGAAAGUCAUGGAGCACGACCUUGUGGUCCUACCGAGAAUCCCGCUGAAUAUAUUCUCGACGUCAUCGGUGCUGGUGCGACAGCGACCUCGGAGGUCGACUGGUAUGAUGUUUGGAAGAAGUCGCAGGAGUCACGGGAACUGACGCACGAACUUGGAGACAUACACUCCGAAGGUCGUAAGCGUCCACCCGUGGCAGCAAUCACCCGGGGUGCAUACCACACAUCAUGGUGGUAUCAAGUGACGCUGCUGCUGCAACGAGAUACUCAGGCCCAUUGGCGCAAUUUGCCAUAUAUGAUGUCCAAAUUUAUGGUCUCUAUCGCGGGCGGCCUGCUCAUUGGGUUUACAUUCUUUAAAGCUAAAGACAGCAUCCAGGGGACACAGAACAAGCUUUUCGCGAUCUUUAUGUCUACGAUCACCUGUACAGCUCUGGCAAACCAGUUGCAGGUUCCGUUCAUGGAAAUGCGCAGCAUCUACGAGAUCCGCGAAUGCCAUAGCCGAAUGUAUGGUUGGACGACGCUGAUCACGUCACAGAUUCUCGCGGAGAUUCCAUGGAACGUGCUUUCAACCACUCUGUUCUUUCUGUGUUGGUACUGGACCGUAGAGUUCCCGACUGGGCGUGCGGGAUAUACUUAUCUCAUGCUCGGGGUCGUCUUCCCGCUUUAUUACACCACGAUUGGCCAAGCGGUAGCGGCAAUGUGCCCCAAUCCACAGAUCUCCGCGUUGUUGUUCAGCUUCUUAUUCAGCUUCGUCCUUUCUUUCAAUGGUGUCAUGCAACCGUUCAGGGAGCUUGGCUGGUGGCAGUGGAUGUACCACGUGUCUCCGUUUACGUAUCUCAUAGAAGGCCUUCUUGGCCAAGUUAUCGGCCAUAGCAGCAUUCGCUGUUCUUCGACCGAGCUGGUCAUCGUGGAACCUCCUUCGGGACAGACUUGCUCAGAGUACAUGGGCGGGUUCAUUGCGAACUCUGGCGGCUACCUCACCAAUGGAAAUGCGACGAGUGGAUGCCAAUACUGCGCGUAUGCUACGACGGACGCAUUUCUUGAGAGCAGCUUCAAUAUCUACUAUUCGCGUCAUUGGCGUGACUUUGGCAUUUUCUGCGUUUAUGUCGCAUUUAACACCGCUUGCGUGUAUUUGUGUACAUAUUUCUUCCGCAUACGUAGCGGAAGCAUAUUUGGCUGGUUCAAAAGCCGGAUCGUCCGAAGGAAGUGA